AUGUAUGCUUCUAAAUUUGAAUUCCUAGCUUCCAAUGAGGCGUCGCUGGAGGUUCGACAAGUUGGAAGACGCGCCGUCAGCCAGCUGGCUGGUCGAGGCAUGGACAACGACGUCUUCAUAAUACACUUCAACGAUGUGUAUAACAUCGAACAGACUACAAAUACUGAGCCCGUUGGAGGCGCAUUGAGGUUCAGCACUGCUGUCAAGGCUCUGCAGCAUCUAAAUCCACUGGUGCUGUUCAGUGGAGAUGUCUUCUCACCGAGCAUGUUAAGCACUUUUACGAAAGGUGAGCAAAUGGUGCCGGUGCUAAACGAAAUUGGGACACAGUGCGCGGUAUUUGGCAACCACGACUUUGAUUUUGGCCUGGACGUCCUAUCGGGUCUAGUGGCCCAGUGCAAUUUCCCCUGGUUAAUGUCAAACGUUAUAGACAACGAGACGGGAAGGCCACUGGGGGACGGCAAAAUCACACACGCGCUGCUCUGUAACGGACACAAAAUAGGGUUCAUCGGCCUUGUUGAACAGGAAUGGUUGGAGACACUGGCCACAAUAAAUCCAGAAGAAGUGACGUUCAUAGACUUUGUACAAGCUGGAUCUAAAUUGGCGUCACAGUUGAAACAAGAAGGCUGUGAAUUCGUAAUAGCACUAACUCACAUGCGAACACCGAACGACAUAAAAUUGGCUGAAGGAUGCACUGACAUAGAUCUGAUAUUGGGGGGUCAUGAUCAUGUAUAUGAAGUACUAGAUAUAAACAACAGAUUUAUAGUGAAGUCCGGCACCGACUUUCGGCAAUUCAGCAAGAUCCGGAUUAGUUUUACAGGCGAAAGCAGUGAGGUGGACAUAUCAGAGAUGUCUGUGACCAGUUCCUAUGCAGAAGACUUGGUGCUCAAGGCGAAGGUCGACAAGUAUUCCUCAAUGAUAGAAGGUAAAAUGGAUGAGAUUCUUGGCAAGAUAUGCGUACCACUGGAGGGGCGGUUCUCGUGUAUUAGGAGACAGGAGUGCAACCUUGGCAACUGGGUGUGUGAUGUGCUCCUGGCGGCCACAGGAGCUGACCUGGUUUUGCUUAAUUCUGGGACCUUCAGAUCUGAUCAGGUGCAUCCCGCUGGUGACUUCACUCUGCGAGAUCUCUCUACAAUCAUCCCAAUGCGGGAUCCUCUGGUCGUUGUGGAAGCAACUGGUGAAGUUAUACUGCAAGUCUUGGAGAACUCCGUCAGCAAGUAUCCCAGCCUCGAGGGACGGUUCCCACAGGUUGCCGGUGUAUCAUUUGCCUUUGACCCCUCGAAGCCAGCCGGGGAGAGGGUGGCUGAACAAGUGGUCAAAAUAGGAGACGAAUACCUACAACGAGACCAGAAGUACCGACUGGCUGUCAAACAAUACCUUUAUAGUGGCAACGACGGUUUUAACAUGCUACCUAAAUGUAAAGUCCUUAUCCCAGAAGACAUGUGUCCAGAGAUCGGCAUGGCCAUCCAGAACCACUUCGCAGCGAUCAAUGUUAGGACGGGCAAGUCCAGACCCAGCAAACACAGGCAGUCACUCGUUACUUUAAGUAGGAGGCACAGUCUAGUGAAGAUGUUAGAUGCAAGUGAUCUGGACGGUCCUCCGCCACUCCGCAGAGCUUCCUCAGUCGCCGUAGAACCUACUUCACAUAGCAGUCAUCACAGGUUAACCCGUCGAGCAUCACUGGACGAUCUCGAACAACAGUCGUGUGAACUAGCGCCUAAAUUAGAGAACAGAAUCAUUGUGCUGAACAAACCUGAGGAGCUCCAAGCGCUAAUUGCAGAACGUAUCAGGUGGGAAGCUGACACCGUCAUCAAAGAAGUGGACGAUGAAUCAUCACCCUAA